AUGGGGGACGUAAACUCCGCUGUCGACCAAGAUGGAGAGAUCUCUCCUUCGGAUAGGAGGCUUACUAUCGAUGAAUUAGAGAAUCAUCGCAGCCUUGACACAGGCGUUUGGAUCGCCAUUGCAGGGAAUGUGUAUGAUGUAUCUACCUUUCUGCCGCAGCACCCUGGCGGUGAUGCAAUUCUGCUUGAUGCGGCGGGAACAGAUGUCACCGAGGACUUUUUUGAUUUGCACAGUGACGAAGCCGAGAAGAUACUACCCGCAUACCAUAUUGGUAAACUUUCCUCCUCCUUCAUCGAGUCGCCCACCAUGACCCCUCCUAAGCCCCAAGUAGCCUGUACUCCGUUCCUGCAAAGGGAUAGUUGGAAGAAAGUAGUUCUGCAUGAAAAGCAUCGACUUUCACAUGAUACACGGCUUUUUACUCUCAGAGGGCAUGACGACAGCCAAGAAUUUGGCUUGCCCAUCGGAAAGCAUAUCCUCUUGCGCCUGAAGAGUCCAAUUUCGGGUGAGCAGAUCGUACGAGCUUAUACUCCCAUUGCUGCGAGUUACGAAUCCGGCGAGGUCGAUCUAGUUGUCAAGAUCUACCAUGACACAGAUACAAGAAAGCGCGGUAAGAUGACAACGACGAUCGACCUCGCGCCAAUAGGCUCUUUACUUGAGCUGAAAGGACCUGUCGGCAAGUUUGAAUACAGCGGACAAGGCAAUUGCGACAUAUCUGGCAGGAAAUGCCACGCGAAACGAUUCGUAAUGAUCUCAGCUGGAUCAGGCAUAACACCAAUGAUCCAGAUUCUCAGGGCCAUAGCUGAAGAUGCUAACGAUACAACUGAGUGUCUGCUUCUAAACGGCAAUCGCUGCGAGGAGGAUAUCCUGUGUAAAGAUCAACUGGACACCUUUGAAAGGGUGGAAAUGUCACAGUUCCGAGUGAUACACACGCUCAGCAGCCCCAGCGACGGGUGGGCUGGCCAUAGGGGCCGAAUAGGCCAGGAACUGCUAGAAGCGGAGGUCGGUCCGCCAACGCCAGGGGGUGCAGAGAUGGUGCUUCUUUGUGGACCACCAGCGAUGGAAGCGACUGUCAGGGAUGUGCUGUCAAAGAACGGUUGGAAGGAAGGAGAUAUUGUUCGAUUUUGA